GGCCGACAGCUCGUCACUUGACCAAUUGUCAAUGAUAGCAGAAAAUUUGCGACGGAUGAAGGAGAAAGAUGAGGCGUGAUCCAAACUAAUGUUCGAGACUGAUGUGAAGGCAACUGCUACUAGCUCGGCCUACUACUGCUAUGAUAGGUGGAUGAGUCAGUCAGCUUAUAUCCCAACCAUACUGUGUGCGCUCAGCCUCUUUACAGACGGUUUCAACCCUGAUGGCUUUGUUCUCGCCAUGGUGUCUUACCCAGAUUUUCCGCGACGCGCACAAGCGGAAAUCGACUCAGUGAUUGGACAAGAUCGCGUACCUACAUUUGAAAACAGUGCAUCACUACAAUACGUUGAAUCAAUUCUGCGGGAGACUAUGAGAUGGCAGCCUAUUGCACCCCUUGGUAGUUUUCCUCGCUGAGCAAUCUCGCCUUCACUUAAGAUGAUCCUAUAGGUAUACCACAUGCUACCACGCGUAAUGAUAUAUAUUCAUUCCAAAAGGUUUUUUGUUCUCAUCCAGUGAACCAAUCAUUUGUAGUUUUGUACUCCAGGAACAGCUGUCAUAUUCAAUAUAUGGGAUAUUUCACAGGAUGAAAGGCUGUACCCUGACGC